AUGGCAGUUUGUUAUGGAAAGCGGAGAGCUCUGGUCAGUUUAUACUUCAGUCCAAAUUCCAAUGAUAUAAGAGGAGUUGAUAAGAUGAUUUGGGAGAAUGUAACCCCACCCAAAGUCAUAUGCUUUGCUUGGUUAGCUUGGAGACAGAGAUUGAAGACUGCUACAUACUUGCAAAGAGCUUGUGUUAUCAAUGGCAAUGCCAAUAUGGAUUGUGUGUUCUGUAAUGCUGAACCAGAGACUGUGAACCAUGUGCUACUAUGGUGCCCACAUAUCUGGAGAAUUUGGUCUGAUGUGCUACUAUGGUGGGGGAUCCAUUGGGUGAUGCCAGAAUCUAUGGAAGGAGUGUUGCUUUGGUGGUCUGGGUUCACAUUCAACAAAUUUGAACAGAAAAUUUGGAAAGCUUUACCUCUGGUAAUAUUAUGGUCCAUCUGGAAGUUGAGGAAUGUUUUUAUCCUGGGUAAACAACCAGAUUCACUGGCACUAUGCAACUACAUUAAAACUAAAGUGGCUAUGUGGGUUAGAGCUUCAUCUCCAGGUGUGCCUUUCUUUGUUAAUGAUCUGGUUUUCAAUCUUCGGCAAUUCAGUUUUUGGGUGAGGAAUUGA